CCGGAAGUCAUCAUGUUUUGGCGACUGAUUUCCGGUAACUUUCUCACUCGGCUUUCCCAGUCAAAGGAGACUUAUGUUGUGUUUGGAGUGUGGCCGUUUGGUCGUGGUUCGAGUCCUGUGUAGACGUCACACCAAGAGAUGUCGCUGUUGCAAGGUUUCAGGUUGACGACGCUCACCACCUUCCUUCAAGCAUCCCAGCGUGCCUGCGCGUGGACACGCCCCCUCCUGAGCCGGCCCAUGGCCACCCUCAACCAGAUGCACCGGCGGGGCAAACCCAAGGCGCCCCCAAAACCCUCGGGCGCCACCUUCGGGCAGCCGCAGAUGAAGGCGGUCAUCCUGAAGACCAUGAUCCGCAAGCCCAAGAAGCCCAACUCGGCCAACAGGAAGUGCGCCCGCGUGCGCCUCUCCAACGGCAAGGAGGCGGUGGUGUUCAUCCCCGGCGAGGGGCACAACCUCCAGGAGCACAACGUGGUUCUGGUGCAGGGAGGGCGCACGCAGGACCUGCCCGGCGUCAAGCUCACCGUCGUCAGAGGAAAAUACGACUGCGCGCACGUGGUCAAGAAGAAACAGUGAACGUGGCGCCGCCGCCACCUGGAUGCAUGGAGAAACACUCAACUCGCAAAAAGUUGGGGAUAUUGAGUAGAGGGGUGCGAUAAGUCAUCGAUUAAUUGACAACUAAGUCAUUAUCAAAGUAAUGGACCACUAUUUUGUUCCUCAGUUAAUCGUUUCGAGACCCAGUUUAAGUUCAAUGUGUCCAAAAUCCUCUGAUUUCAACCUCUCAACAGUCGCUGAAUUUGUGUGUUUCACGCGCUAAAUAAACAGGACAACGUUUUGAGGACCUGAUGGUUUGAAGCCAAUUUGUUUUCUUUAUGGCUGGUGUAGUUUAAUACAUGUACUGUAUAUGAUUUAUUUAUACAAAUGUGAUAUAUGUAAACACGAAAGAAGCCGAAAUAUCGACUGUUGUCAUGUCAUGGUACUUGCCCCUUCAUACACACACACACACACACACAGGCAUUAUUGUUAUGUGG